CGGAGAACCACCCCACGAAAAAGAUCCCCCGAGAAGACCAAACCGAGCUCAGCAACCUCCACCAUGUCCAUGUCCAUGGCCACCACCACCCUCCUCCGGCUCGCGCCGCUGCCGCCGCACCCCCGCCUCCUCGCCCCGACCUCCAAGAAGCCCGCCCUCCUCGCGCCCCUCGGCAGCGGCCGCCGCGCCCUGCGGCUCGCGAGGGCCGCCGGCGACGGGCUCGUGGACCAGACCGUCUACAACGGCGUGUACGGGCCCUGGUCGGUGGACGACGCCGACGUGCGGGAGGUGCUGCUGUACCGGGCCGGGCUGGUCACGGCCGCCGCCUCCUUCCUGGUGGCCGCCUCGGGGUCGUUCCUGCCGGAGGGGAACGCGGUCGGCGACGCCGUCCGGCGGGGCGCCGACCUCUUCUUCGCCGCCGGGGCAGGGGGGCUCGGGCUGUCGCUCGUGCUGAUCCACAUCUACGUCACCCCCAUCAAGCGGUUCCUCCAGGCGCUCUGGGCGGUCGGCGUGCUCGGCUCCGUCGGCACCUACGCCCUCGCCGCGCGGCCGCUCGACGAGGGGCUCGUCCGGUACGUGCUGGAGCACCCCGGGGCGAUGUGGUUCGUCGGCCCGACCUUCGCGGCGCUCACAGGCCUCGUCUUCAAGGAAGGUCUCUGCUAUGGAAAAUUAGAAGCUGGUAUCUUAACGUUUGUCAUCCCCAUCCUUCUUCUUGGACACCUGUCUGGUUUGAUGAACGACGGGACAAAAAUGAGCCUCUUAGGAGUGUGGAUGGCGCUCUUCACCGUGUUCGCCGCGAGGAAAUUCCAGCAGCCCAUCAAGGACGACAUUGGCGACAAGUCGGUUUUCAUAUUCAACGCCCUCCCCGAAGAGGAAAAGAAGGCUCUGCUGCAGAGGCUUGAGGCACCAACUGAGCAGAAGUUCGAUUAACAGGUACUAGGACAGUGUCAAUACCUAGUCGAUGGAUGUCCGGAUCAGCGCUUCCAUGAAGAGGAAUGGAAACUUUGCCACUGAAGCUCGAGAUCGGCGAACUGAGCAGAAACUUGAAUAGCUGUAGGUAGCACAAUGCAGAUAGCUAGUUGCGACCGAUGGAUGUAUGUAACUGUUCUGCAUGGUCGUUCUGGAGACCAGUGCGCAUGCCAGUAUGUAUAGAUGAGAACCUUGGAACUGUGAUGUAGUUGCAUAUCUUUUCCUUGACGGCCAA